GGCAAAAAAAACAACACGACAUCUUUCUUUUCUUUCUUUCACUACGUGUGAAGAACAUCGCGUAUUUUUAACGUUGGUGUAUAGUUUUUAUACAAAAUAAGUGAAAAUGGGUUUCGUUAAAGUAGUCAAGAAUAAACAGUACUACAAACGUUAUCAAGUCAAGUUCCGUAGGCGUCGUGAGGGUAAAACCGACUAUUAUGCACGUAAACGUUUAAUAUUCCAAGACAAGAACAAAUAUAAUACGCCUAAGUACCGAUUGAUUGUACGCUUGUCUAAUAAGGACAUCACUGUCCAAAUUGCUUAUUCGCGCAUUGAGGGUGAUCGAAUUAUAUGUGCAGCAUAUUCACAUGAGUUGCCCAAUUACGGUAUAAAGGUGGGUCUGACUAAUUAUGCUGCUGCUUAUUGUACGGGUUUGUUGGUUGCACGUCGAAUCUUGAACAAAUUAGGUUUAGAUUCUCUGUACGACGGCUGCCCAGAAAUUACUGGGGAUGAAUAUAAUGUUGAACCAGUUGCUGACGGUCCUGGUGCUUUCCGUUGUUAUUUGGACGUUGGAUUAGCUCGCACUACUACAGGCGCUAGAGUAUUCGGGGCCAUGAAAGGUGCCGUUGAUGGUGGUUUGAAUAUACCACAUUCGCUUAAGCGUUUCCCUGGUUACUCAUCUGAAAACAAAAGCUUCAAUCCUGACGUCCAUCGUGCUCAUAUUUUUGGUCAACAUGUAGCCGAUUAUAUGCGUACGCUAGAAGAAGAAGAUGAGGAAGGCUUCAAACGACAAUUUAGUCGUUACAUUAAGUUGGGAAUACGUGCUGAUGAUCUUGAAGAAAUCUAUAAAAAAGCCCACCAAGCUAUACGUGCCGAUCCUACUCAUAAAAAGGUACAGAAAACCGGCGUCACUAAGAAACGGUGGAAUGCUAAGAAACUCACAAAUGAGCAGCGCAAAGCUAAACUGGCCGAACAUAAGACUGCUUUCUUGGCUAAAAUUAAAUCUGAAACUGACGUUUAAUUCUUUCCUUUUUUAAUGCCAGGCUGGAAAGGUCGGCUCAUUACAGUAAAGUAAGAAACGGAAAUUGUGCUUUCUUUUAUAAUAACAAUCAAAAAAAGUAAAGGUCAAUGUAAGAUGUGUUUAUUUACAAAACU